AUGCUGCAGGACAGUGGCCCUCCGGGGCCACCCACCCAGCCCGAGGCCGGUGUUUGCUCGCUGGCCUUGCCCUCGGACCGGCAGCUGGACGAGCGUGGCCGGGAGGCGGCCGAGGCCCAGCGGCUGCGCAGCGCCCGUGUCCAGGAGCAGGUCCGCAUCCGCAUGAUGCUGCGGGGGCAAGCGUCCGCCCGCCCCGAGGACCUCACCGACGGCACCAGAGGUGGUCAGUACAGCUCGACCCUGCGCUCCUCCUUCAGCUCCCGCUCCCAGAGCAAUGGUGUGGACCCCAAAACCUCGCUGUACCAGCCACUGGCUAAGAAGGAUUUCGGCACGCUGCAGGGCAGCGGCUGGUCCUCGCGCUCGGCCGUGGACCUCACCCCGCACAAGCGCGUGGCCACCAUCAGCAACGGGGGCCUGGCCAAGGGCCGUGCCUACGUCACCGGCUACGCGGCCUCGCAGGUGGCCACCGCCUCGCCGCGGCCCAGCUCCUUCCACGAGCGCAACUUCCGCUGCCGGCAGAACCUGGACACGCUGUCGCUGCGCUCCCUGCGCCUGGCCGACGGACCCCUCCCGCUCGCCGAUGACCGCUACAGCGUCCUGUCGGAGCAGCUGGAUGCGCCGGGGCACCGGCAGCUCUACAAGAGUCAGGCUGGCGGCAGCUUCGGCCGCUCCUUCGCCUACGAGCGGCAGCUGAGCUCUGGCACGGCCACCAAGGCCGCCUGCGACUGGCUGGACGGUGCUGAGGGGCCGCCGAGCCGCACCAUCCGCGCGCCCGCCAUGCGCACGCUGCAGCGCUUCCAGAGCAACAACCGCUCGCGCCUCAGCACUGGCUCCUUUGGCACGAUGCCGGCGGGAGGCAGCGGUGCCUUCCUGGGCCUGGGGGAGCACAGCUCCCGUGCCCCCUCAGUGCGCAGCCUGGCCGAAUCCGGCCAUCACCUGGCGGAGCCACGCGCCAUGGAGAUGUACAAUGGGCAUAGCUCGCUGCUUGGGCACCAUGCCGGAGGGUUUGAUGACAUCGACCUGCCCUCAGCAGUGAAGUACCUGAUCGCCAGUGACCCCAACCUGCAGGUGCUGGGUGCUGCCUACCUGCAGCACAAGUGCUACAGUGACAGCAGCGCCAAGAAGCAGGCUCGCAGCCUGCAGGCCAUGCCCAAGCUGGUGAAGCUGUUCAACAGCCCGAACCAGGAGGUGCAGCGCCACGCCACUGGCGCCAUGCGCAACCUCAUCUACGACAACGCUGAGAACAAGCUGGCGCUGGUGGAGGAGAAUGGCAUCUACGAGCUCAUGCGCACCCUGCGGGAGCCCGACGACGAGCUCCGCAAGAAUGUCACAGGGAUCCUGUGGAAUCUGUCCUCCAGUGACAACCUGAAGGAUCGCCUGGCCCGGGACACGCUGGAGCAGCUGACAGACCUGGUCCUGGUCCCUCUGUCUGGGCUGGGGGGCUCGGGUGUCAUCCAGCAGAACCCCUCGGAGGCAGAGAUCUUUUAUAACUCCACAGGCUUCCUCAGGAACCUGAGCUCUGCCAGCCAGCAGACCCGGCAGAAGAUGCGUGAGUGCCACGGGCUGGUGGACUCCAUGAUCCACUAUGUGAACAGCUCCCUGGAGGUGGGGAAGUCAGAGGACAAGAGCGUGGAGAAUGCUGUCUGUGUCCUGCGCAACCUCUCCUACCGCCUGUACGACGAGAUGCCCCCCUCCUCGCUCCAGCGCCUCGAGGGCCACCGAAGGAACGCGGGUGGCACGGUGACAGGGGAGCUGGUGGGCUGCUUCAGCCCCCAGAGCAAGAAAGCCCGGGAGCACUACCUGAACGCAGACAUUGUCACCUUCACGGAGGUCUCCAAGGACCCCAAGGGCAUGGAGUGGCUCUGGAACCCACAGAUCGUGGGCAUCUACAACCGGCUGCUGCAGCGCUGUGAGCUCAACAAGCACACGACAGAGGCGGCCUCGGGCGCCCUGCAGAACAUCACAGCUGGGGACCGCAGGUGGGCGGGUGUGCUGAGCCGGCUGGCGCUGGAGCAGGAGCGCAUCCUGAAUCCCGUGCUGGACCGUGUCCGCACUGCCGACCACCACCAGCUGCGCUCCCUCACCGGCCUCAUCCGCAACCUGUCCCGCCAUGCCCGCAAUAAGGAUGAGAUGUCCACCAAGGUGGUCAGCCACCUAAUCGAGAAGCUGCCAGGGAGUGCCGGGGACAAGGCCCCGCCUGCCGACGUCAUCGUGAACAUCAUUGCUGUGCUCAACAACCUGGUGGUGGAGAGCCCCAUGGCCGCCCGUGACAUUGUCUACUUCGAUGGCCUCAGGAAGCUCUUCUUCAUCAAGAAGCGACGGGACAGCUCGGACAACGAGAAGUCCUCCCGAGCCGCCGCCAGCCUCCUGGGAAAUAUGUGGCAGUACACCAAGCUCCACCGGGACUUCAAGAUGAAGGGGUACCGGAAGGAGGACUUCCUCAGCCUGUGA